GGAAGGGGAAGGGGGUGGAGGUUGCUGCUAUGAGAGAAAAAAAAAAAAAAAAAAACAGCCACAAUAGAGUUUCUGCCUUCAAAGGUUGGCUUGCCACCUGAAGCAGCCACUGCCCAGGGGGUGCAAAGAAGAGACAGCAGCGCCCAGCUUGGAGGUGCUAACUCCAGAGGCCAGUGUCAGCAACUGGGCACAGAAAGGAGCUCCCUGGGCAGGGACCAUGGCACGGCCACAUCCCUGGUGGCUGUGGGUUCUGGGGACCCUGGUGGGGCUCUCAGCUACUCCAGCCCCCAAGAGCUGCCCAGAGAGGCACUACUGGGCUCAGGGAAAGCUGUGCUGCCAGAUGUGUGAGCCAGGAACAUUCCUCGUGAAGGACUGUGACCAGCACAGAAAGGCUGCCCAGUGUGAGCCUUGCAUACCGGGGGUCUCCUUCUCUCCCGACCACCACAGCCGGCCCCACUGUGAGAGCUGUCGGCACUGCAACUCUGGUGAGAAACUACGGCCAGUAUACACUAGAAUAGCAGGCUUUAAAGUGGCCCCUUUGAACAAAUGUUCUCUAGCAAGACACUUUUUAGAACUAGGUCUUCUCGUUCGCAACUGCACCAUCACUGCCAAUGCUGAGUGUGCCUGUCGCAAUGGCUGGCAGUGCAGGGACAAGGAGUGCACCGAGUGCGAUCCUCUCCCAAACCCUUCGCUGACCACUCAGCCGUCUCAGGCCCUGAGCCCACACCCUCAGCCCACCCACUUACCUUAUGUCAGUGAGAUGCUGGAGGCCAGGACAGCUGGGCACAUGCAGACUCUGGCUGACUUCAGGCAGCCGCCUGCCCGGACUCUCUCUACCCACUGGCCACCCCAAAGAUCCCUGUGCAGCUCAGAUUUUAUUCGCAUCCUUGUGAUCUUCUCCGGAAUGUUCCUUGUUUUCACCCUGGCCGGAGCCCUGUUCCUCCGUCAACAAAGGAAAUAUAGAUCAAACAAAGGAGAAAGUCCCGUGGAGCCUGCAGAGCCUUGUCGUUACAGCUGCCCCAGGGAGGAGGAGGGCAGCACCAUCCCCAUCCAGGAGGAUUACCGAAAACCGGAGCCUGCCUUCUCCCCCUGAACCAGCACCUGAGGGAGCUGCACUACAUCCCUGGCCUCCACCCCACCCCGCCGACCAUCCAAGGGAGAGUGAGACCUGGCAGCCACAACUGCAGUCCCAUCCUCUUGUCAGGGCCCUUUCCUGUGUACACGUGACAGAGUGUCUUUUCAAGACUGGCAGGGACGAGAACAAAUACGGAUGAGGUGGAGAGUGGGAAGCAGGAGCCCAGCCAGCUGCGCCUGCGCUGCAGGAGGGCGGGGGCUCUGGUUGUAAAACACACUUCCCGCAGCGAAAGACCGACAUGCUACAAGACCGGCAAAAUAAAGUGACAGAUGACCACC